AUGGUGUACAAAACAUGUGGUUACAAUUUUGCGGCCUGGACUUUGUCAGCGAGAGUAAAAAGUUUAGUGUCUCUGAGAGCCUUGACCAGAGUCUCCCACGUCACGGGAAGUCCCUUUCCUCUGAGCCACUCCCCCAGAAUGCUGCGAGAAAUGCUCUCUGGAUCCCCACGGUUUUUGUACUCGAUUAUGUUCACUUUAUCCCCCGUCUCGUCGUUGAGGAGGAAGAUUCCAAAUUUGGUGUGGCUUGUGGCAAUUCCCUCGGGAUUUCCAGACGAAGUAGCUCUGGCAGAGUGGUCGACAGACACCAUCACC